AAAAUUUUAAAUAAAUGACCCAAGUAACCCGAACCAACCCAAACCUAAAUAUUUUAUAGUUAGAUUGGGUUAGGUUCAUGUUUUAAUAAGAGUUAUUUAAGUUGAAGAAAUUUACAACAUGAACAAUUGGAUUAGGUCUAAAAAAAUCUUCAAAUCUAAUCUAACCCAACCUAUGAACACCCCUAUCUCAAUUGAUAUAAAAAUUGGUACUACCAAGUUUAAUGUCAAUUGAAAUUCUACUUUCACGAUAAAGAAACUAAAAAAUAACAAAUGAUUCAAUUUUGAUUGAAAUAAAGUUAAAUUAUAAAUCUCGUCUCUAAUGAUGGUAAUUUAAGCCUAACUUAAAAUUUAAAAUUUCAUAAAUAUUCAUAUGGUCCCCUUAUAAAUAGUUUUCACAAAUAUUGGAGAAUUUUAUGAAACUAAGGAUAUAGCACUAAAUUUGUAAAUUAAUAUUUAAACAAUCCACACGUACGUACCGUUGAUGUAAACUUUUUAUUAUAGGUCUCUGUUUUGGCUCUCUGUGCCGUCCUGCUACUUUGAAGAACAAGUCUCAAUUCUUCUCUUCAAUCAUUUCUUUACUCUUCCAUUUUAAAAAUCCACUCUCACUUUUCCCCUAAUUUUCCAUAUACCCUACCUCAAUCUCUGUAACUCUCUUCACAAGAAAUGGGCUACGUUCCUGCUUCUUCACCGGCGCUUUCUCCGCCGCCGAGCCGGAGUAAUCGCUGGGUAGAAUUCGUCGUCGGAGUGGCGGUGGUGGUGUCGUUGAGCGCGUUGCUGUUCUGCGUAUUUCGCAGGAAAAUUGUGCAGAAAUUCCGGCAACGGCGGGGGAGAGAGCCGAAGGGAAGCUUGAGGGAAGGGAAAUUGAAGCUGAGAAGGUUCGAAUUUGAGGAAUUGGAGAAGGCGACGAAGAAUUUCAGUAGGGAAUAUUUGUUGGGAUCUGGUUCUUUUGCUGAUGUUUAUAAAGGCGUUUUUGAGAGUGAUGAGGAAAUUGUUGCCAUAAAAAGACCACAUGCUGAUUCUUAUACUUCUCUUGAUGAAUUUCGAAAUGAAGUGAAGCUGUUGUCAUCAGUAAAGCACAAGAACUUGGUAGCUUUGGUGGGAUAUUGUGAAGAAAUUACAGGAUAUGGAGAAGAGAGAAUAUUGGUUUAUGAAUAUGUACCAAAUGGAUCACUACUAGAUUACAUGAUUGGUCGUGGAGGAAGAAACUUGACUUGGAGACAGAGAGUUAAUAUAGCUAUUGGAGCAGCCAAAGGGAUUGGUCAUCUACACAAAGGGGCGAAGGCAAGCAUAAUCCACAGGGACGUAAAGCCAAGCAAUAUCUUGAUCGGAGAUGGAAUGGAGCCGAAGGUUUGUGAUUUCGGGCUGGUGCGAUCGGGCCCCGUCGGCGACCGGUCGCAUGUGAGCAGCCAGAUCAAAGGCACACCAGGCUACUUGGACCCUGCUUACUGCUCUACCUUUCAUUUAACUCCUUUUAGUGAUGUCUACAGCUUCGGCAUUAUUCUUCUUCAACUCGUUUCAGCUCGUCCAGUUCUUGCUUCCAAUCAAUCCCUCCCCAAUUCUCACAUUGUUCAAUGGGCAAGACCCAGCAUAGAAAAGGGGAGAGUUGAAGAGAUUUUGGAUGCAGAUCUUCUCAUUGAGCCAUGCAAUUUGGAAGUGAUGCUAAAGAUGGGGCAACUUGGACUGAAAUGCACUUCACAACAACCCAAGUACCGUCCAACCAUGGCUCAGGUUUGGCAAGAGCUAGAGGAAGCUCUUCAUGGAGCUGACAACUUCAGCAAGAGGAAGCAACUUAAGCAGAAAUCCAUGGAGUUUGAAUAUUCUGAAAGCCUUGUGAGCAUUGAAGGUAUCAAAUUUGGGAAGUUUCGCGUCGGGAUGGAUACUUUUGCAUUCGAGAGUGCAAGCUUAAAUUGCCUUGAGAUUGAUAGUGUUUCCAUCGACAUCGAUGAGAGUAUCGAACAGCAGCUGUCCAUGGCUGCAAAUGAUGAACAAAAUAAGAACUGA